CCGAAGAGUCCUGAGCGUCCUGACGGUGGCGAUGAUGGGGGUUGUCUCCCAGGCAGCGCCUCCCCACUUCAACGGCUCGCUGCCCUUCGUCAUUGAGCCUCGUGUCAACUUCGACGACACGUGUAGAUGUGGGCAGAAGGCUGCCUCCAGGAUCGUGGGCGGGACGACCACGGGCGUGAACGAGUGGCCGUGGCAAGCGGCGCUAAUGUCUGGUUCGCAGCAGUUCUGCGGCGGAUCCCUAAUCAACGACCGAUACGUCCUGACCGCCGCCCAUUGCACCGAGGGCAUGAGAGCGUCUGACCUGACAAUCCGUCUGGCCGAACACAGGCUGAGCACUUCCUCAGAGACCAGUGUUGUUAGCAGGUCUGUGUCUGAGAUCAUCGAACAUCCGAACUACCAGCCGGGUAACGAGAUUAACGACAUCGCUCUCGUUAAAUUGUCGUCGCCAGUCAAGGUGAGCGACACAGUGUUGCCAGUGUGCAUGCCACCAGCCAAGCCCACAUACGCCGGCAAGACAGCCACUGUCACAGGUUGGGGAACCACCAGCUCCGGAGGCUCGUCUUCAGACACUCUGAGGGAAGUCGACGUCACGGUGCUGUCCAACACCGCGUGUCAGUCCGGCAAUUACGGAAGCGCCAUUCAAGACACCAUGUUGUGCGCCGGAAGUGCAGGCAAGGACUCGUGCCAAGGAGAUUCGGGCGGCCCUCUAGUGUUCAAGGACGGAGGCGGAAACUACGACCAGAUCGGCGUGGUGAGCUGGGGCGUUGGAUGCGGAGACGAUGGCUACCCCGGCGUGUACACCCGCGUCAACAGCUACCUCGAUUGGAUCAAGACCAACACAGCCGAUGGCGUUUACUGCAAAGGAAUGCUUCUCUACCCUUGCAGUAUAUCUCUUUCCCUGGGUACGGUUUAUGAUAUGGACACACCUUCAAGAUUUUUCCCUUCAAUAUAUGAGAAAUUGAUUUCAAACCUGACACCUUUUAAACUUCUGUUUCUUUCUUUAUUGCAAAACUCAUGGCACCAUGGGACCUAUGCUAUCGCAUGUCGAAAGGUUUCAUGCAUGGUUUGGCCUAAAAACAUGUUCGACGAUGAUGUCUCACUUUCUUCCUUACGGCCGAGAGUGGCGGUCGUGAGAGUGCGAGUGGCAAAAUUAGAGAAGCAUUCCUUUGCAGUAAACGCCAUCGGCUGUAUUGGUCUUGAUCCAGUCGAGGUAGCUGUUGACGCGGGUGUACACGCCGGGGUAGCCUCGAGCUCCGCACCCAACGCCCCAGCUCACCACGCCGAUCUGUGUGGGUUGGAAGUUGAUUACAAGUCAGAUAUCUUUGAUGACUUUGUAAUGCAAGUGACUGUUAAUCCUGCUUUGCCUGCGCCCACUCACCUGGUCGUAGUUUCCGCCUCCGUCCUUGAACACCAGAGGGCCGCCCGAAUCUCCCUGGCACGAGUCCUUGCCUGCACUUCCGGCGCACAACAUGGUGUCUUGAAUGGCGCUUCCAAAAAAUCAAAGUCCGUAACAGGGAACAAAUCUACAUUACGUUACAAUGUGACUUCAUAUCCACUGUUUCACACAAGCAUCCGUAUUCGUGUACUGACCGUGACGUCGACUUCCCUCAGAGUGUCCGAAGAUGAACCUCCGGAACUGGUGGUUCCCCAACCUGUGACAGUGGCUGUCUUGCCGGCGUAUGUGGGCUUGGGUGGUGGCAUGCACACUGGCAACACUUUCGGAUGCUCGAUGAUCUCAGACACGGACCUGCUCACAACAUUGGUCUCUGAGGAAGUGCUCAGCCUGUGUUCGGCCAGACGGAUGGUCAGUUCCGUGCUCACCUCUGUGCAAUGGGCGGCGGUCAGGACGUAUCGGUCGUUGAUCAGGGAUCCGCCGCAGAACUGCUGUGAACCGUACAUCAGCGCCGCUUGCCACGGCCACUCGUUCACGCCCGUGGUCACCCCGCCCACGAUCCUGGACGUGGCCUUCUGCCCACACCUACACGUGUCGUCGAAGUUCACGCGAGGACUUACUGACGAAGGGCAGCGAGCCGUUGAAGUGGGGAGGCGCUGCUUGGGAGACAACCCCCAUCAUCGCCACCGUCAGGACGCUCAGGACUCUUCGGGCUGCCAUGCUCGCUACUGCUUCCUGUUCCAGCAACGCGAUCUUAUAUAUACCGACAGGUCUUUUCACAGUCAACACCUGUGUUAUGGUCCACAUAUGCAAACCUUAACGUUCACUAAUGUCAGUUUAUGUAAGCUCCAUACACAGGUGUUAACAGUGAAAAGAGCUGCCGGUACAUAUAAGAUCGCGUUGCUGGAACAGGAAGCAGUAGCGACCAUGGCAGCCCGAAGAGUCCUGAGCGUCCUGACGGUGGCGAUGAUGGGGGUUGUCUCCCAGGCAGCGCCUCCCCACUUCAAUGGCUCACUCCCCUUCGUCAUCGAACCUCGCGUGAACUUCGACGACACGUGUAGGUGUGGGCAGAAGGCCGCCUCCAGGAUCGUGGGCGGGACGACCACGGGCGUGAACGAGUGGCCGUGGCAAGCAGCGCUGAUGUACGGGUCACAGCAGUUCUGCGGCGGAUCCCUGAUCAACGACCGAUACGUCCUGACCGCCGCCCACUGCACCGAGAGCAUGAGAGCGUCUGACCUGACCAUCCGUCUGGCUGAACACAGGCUGAGCACUUCCUCAGAGACCAGUGUUGUUAGCAGGUCUGUGUCUGAGAUCAUCGAGCAUCCGAACUACCAGCCGGGUAACGAGAUUAACGACAUCGCUCUCGUUAAACUGUCAUCGCCUGUCAAGGUGAGCGACACAGUGUUGCCAGUGUGCAUGCCGCCACCCAAGCCCACAUACGCCGGCAAGACGGCCACUGUCACAGGUUGGGGAACCACCAGCUCCGGAGGUUCGUCUUCAGACACUCUGAGGGAAGUCGACGUCACGGUACUGUCGAACACCGCGUGUCAGUCCGGCAAUUACGGAAGCGCCAUUCAAGAUACCAUGUUGUGCGCCGGAAGUGCAGGCAAGGACUCGUGCCAGGGAGAUUCGGGCGGCCCUCUGGUGUUUAAGGACGGAGGCGGAAACUACGACCAGAUCGGCGUGGUGAGCUGGGGCGUUGGGUGCGGAGCUCGAGGCUACCCCGGCGUGUACACCCGCGUCAACAGCUACCUCGACUGGAUCAAGACCAACACAGCCGAUGGCAUUUACUGCAAAGGAAUGCUUCUUUAG